CAGCGGAUCAGCAAUUAAGAAGGAACACAUUUAUAAAUUCCAGCCUUUGGGGACAUUUAAGUCGAACAUAGCGGACUUAAUCAACGUAAAGCAAGAGGAAAAGGAGUGACACAAUGUCGCUAAACUUCAGCGCAAAUCAGUACAACAAAGCGUUUAGCCCCUACAACCUUCAGAACUGGGAGAUACCAAGAGAACAUAAAGAGCGACCAAUUCAGCAUGACGGUUUCACGCAGUUUAUUGCCAAUGAUCAAGGCCAUUUGAUGGAAGGUGUUAAACGGUCGCGAGAAUCUCCUUGGGGAAACUUUGUAGGCACAUGGGACCUUCCUCUAAAAAUACCAGGUAACAAAAUAUCAAAUCCGACAGCAAGACGGAGCACAGUGGCAGUAGAUCUUCAGCAACAGAAGUGUGAAGGAGAUGAAAUUAUCAGUGGACAAACUAAACAUGUUGAGGUACCUGACGCGCUGCCCAUCAAAGAGGAUCAGACAGCAGACUUGGCAGUAACAUCCCGCUCACCUGCCCCAGGAUGCAUGAUCCAUAGCCCUGCCCAGGCCGGACCUGCUAGCCAAAGGGCCUUCUCAACGUGCCCUGUCCACCCACCCACAAAAGCUCCUUCACCGGAUGUCAACUUACAGGAUGCUAACCAGUCCAAAUCACCCAUCAACUGGCCAUCUAAUAAUGCUGACACAGAAUAAAGUUUCACACAGGACAUUAUACAGAUAUUUAGAUUUAAAAAAAAAUAUCAUUUGAGGAACCAUUCUCUUGCAACACAGUCUCAACCCAAUUCAGUGAGUAGAUACUAGCAGCAUUACAUUUUCAGCUGUGGUACAAUAUGGUGCACAGAUGUCUAAUCAUGAUUUAUACUUUAAUAGCAAAUAUGCUCACAAUUACUGUCUUAUUUAUUACUACUCUACAUUUGUCUUACAGAUUUUAUCUAUUAACAAAUGUUAUCAAAGAAAUAAGUACAUUUCUUAGUAGCUUUACUGCAUUCACUGAAACGUAUGACUUUUAAAAAAUAAAAAUAU